AUGGGAAUGGACUGGUUUUCUUGGCUGUCAAAAACAGGCCUUCACUCGUCCCUCGUUGAUGAGUACGCCAUUUCCUUCUCCCACAACGAGCUUGAAGAAGAAGACAUAGUUUUCUUCAACCACGAGUUUUUACAAAGCAUGGGCAUAUCAAUAGCUAAACGCAGGUUGGAAAUCCUCAAGUUUGCUAUAAAAAACAAAGCACUCAUCAAUCGUUCAAGACCAAUGUCGAGGCUUGUGUUGGCAGUCAAGACAACGAAAAGGAUUAGGUCAGGAAUUGGAUCGUAUGGUAAUAAAUGGAAAGAUGUUGCAAAUGCAAUGUUUAAGAGAAAGAAGACGAUGAUGACGGGUGGCGCACAAGGGCGGCUGAUUAUCACAAAUGGGGCUCAUCCCCUAGUGGUUCCACCAGAGCCUGGGGGUAGGCUUGAGAGACCUUUAAGUCCGGUGGAUUUUGAGCAUCAAAAGGAGGAGGAGACGAAAAUGGUAUGGGAUGGUGAAGAUGGACGUUGGUUAAAUGGUGAUGAAGAGAUCAGGUGGGAUGCAAUGUUUCAGGAUUUGAAGCCAACUUGA